UCUUCGCAAUGCCACUGCCGAGCAACGCAGCUUUCACGAGAAAGGGCUCAACUGUUCAGAAGGUAACUUUACCUGGUGUUAAGUCAACCAAAGCUUCGAGUAAGAAAAAGGAUGAGGAAGAGGGUGUGGAUACAGCUGAUGGAUGGGACGAGUGGUCUCAUGGGAAAGCACUUAUUAAACCUCCAGAUCAACUGGAGCUCACUGAGGCUGAGCUGAAAGAGGAAAUCACAAGGAUCCUGACUGCAAACAACCCACAUGCCCCCCAAAAUAUUGUUCGCUACAGCUUCAAGGAGCAUUCCUACAAGCCUAUCAGUGCAGUGGAUCAGAUGGCUGUUCACUUUGUGUUGGAGGGCAGCCUGCUGCAUCGAGACUCUGAUGAGGCUCGUAGACUGCGGGCCAAAGAGGCUCUCCCUGAGGAGACUGCAACAGUCAACACUGGAGCAGAACCUGAUGAGGAGAAACCAGAAACCCCGGCAACACCUGUAGAGGAUGGAGGGGAGGUGGAGGAAGCUGGAGAAGAGGACAGACCAGACAGUGUUACCUCCAAAACUGACAGGAAGGAGCCAAAAGUCACUAACCAGUUCAACUUCAGUGAGAGGGCCUCCCAGACCCUCAAUAACCCGCUGAGGGAAAGAAGCUGCCAGACUGAACCUCCUCCACGCAGCAUCUUCUCUGCCACCGCUAAUCAGUGGGAGAUCUAUGAUGCGUAUGUGGAUGAACUGCAGAAACAAGAAAAAAAUAAAGAGAAACAGAAAGCUGUAGCAUCAAAGAAAGAGAAUGACAAAAGCAAAAAGAAGAUGAUGCCGAUGGAGACUCAGAGAGACGACAUCACAAAAGUAGGAAAGAUGUCCAAGAUCUGUGAACGUAUGGUCAAUCAGAAUACUUACGAUGACAUAGCACAAGAUUUCAAAUACUUUGAGGAUGCUUCUGAUGAGUUCAGGGACCAGGAGGGUACUCUUCUCCCUCUGUGGAAAUUUCAGUUUGACAAAGCCAAAAGACUGUCUGUCACUGCCCUCUGCUGGAAUAAGAAGUAUCAGGACCUGUUUGCUGUGGGCAUGGGUUCAUACGACUUCAGUAAGCAGGGGCGUGGCAUGCUCAUCUACUACUCGUUGAAGAACUCUGCCUUUCCAGAGUGCAUCUACCCCACUGACUCUGGCGUUCUGUGCCUGGACAUCCAUGAGCAGCAUUCCUGUCUGGUUGUGGCAGGCUUCUAUGAUGGCUGUGUAGCUGUCUUCAAGUUAAAGGAGGAUGGACUGGAGCUUGUGUAUAAGAGCACAGCUAAGACUGGCAAACACACAGACCCUGUCUGGCAGGUGCGCUGGCAGAAUGAUGACAUGGACAAUAACCACAAUUUCUACUCUGUGUCAUCGGAUGGCCGAGUUGUGUCCUGGACACUCGUCAAGAAUGAGCUGGUCUUUACAGACAUUAUCAGACUGUCAGUAAAUGGUGCUGUCUCUGAGGGACCAGAGGAUGCACAGCAGCCUGGCACCACCUGUGGUACAUCGUUUGACUUCCAUAGACAGAUCGACUAUCUCUUCCUAGUUGGCACAGAGGAGGGGAAAAUACACAAGUGCUCCAAGACCUACUCAAGCCAGUUUCUGGAGACCUACAAUGCCCACAGCAUGGCAGUGGAUGCUGUAAAGUGGAACCACUUCCACCCAAAGGUUUUCAUCUCUUGCAGUUCAGACUGGACUGUCAAGAUCUGGGACCAUACCAUCAACACUCCCAUGUUCACCUUCGAUCUGAAUGCAGCCGUUGGUGAUGUCGCUUGGUCUCCAUACUCCUCCACUGUAUUCGCUGCUGUCACAACAGAUGGAACAGUUCAUGUCUUUGACCUCAACGUCAACAAAUAUGAGGCAAUCUGCCAGCAGCCAGUGGUGGCCAAAAAGAAGGCCAAGCUGACUCACAUCGAGUUUAAUCCCAUCUAUCCUAUCAUCAUAGUGGGUGAUGACCGGGGCUACGUCAGCAGCUUCAAACUCUCUCCUAACCUCCGUAAGAAGCCCAAGGGCAAGAAGGGUCAAGAGCUGCCUAAGGGUCCAGAAGUGGAAGUAGCUAAGAUGGAGAAGCUCCUCAGUCUGCUUCGAGAACCAGAGCAAAGCACAGUUUAACGUCAGCUCUCCAACACAGCAAAAUGGUACAAUCUUUUAUUCUCAUUCAGUUAAAAAAAACACUUUGUUUGCUCAGUGUGUGCAACAGUAAAGCAGCAUCUACAAGAUAACAAAUUGUAUGUUUCCUCUUAUCUCUCUUAAGCUGUUAAUAAAUAAUUUAUAUUCAAUUAAUAAUGCAUUUAUUUAUACUGCGGUACUUGAUACAUAUUAAACAGGAAACAUCAGAAUUCCAUUGACUUGAAUGACCUCUUCUACAGGGAUUUAUUAAACCCAUUCCAUGUUUUGUACAAGUUGAUUAGGCUAAAAAGUGAGGGGGGAGAGUUACUGAAAAUGAACAGGGAGAUGAAUUAGCGUAAUAGAUUGAGCAUUUCUGGACGAUAUCCAGACAACUUAUCUUGGCUGGCACAUGCCGUCCCAGGCACCCAUCCAGGGAUGAGCUAGAAGCCUUUUAAUAUCCCAUCUACAGGGAGAACUUUACUUUGACUUAUGGCAGUGUCCGUCUUUAUUUUGCCUGUUACUCUCUAUCUCUGUCUUAAUGAUCCUGUCCUUCAGUGAAGUACCACCCAGUACUUUGAUGCUCAACUGGAAUCAAAUGUUGCCACAGUGCUCUCUUUUUUUCUCCUCUCCCUGCUACAGAGAGUUCCUUUGCCCUUCAUAUCUUCCUGUGAGCACAUGCAGCACUUUCUCUCUUAAGUGUGAUUCAUUACUUCAUCUCCACAAGUUUGGCUAGCGAGGGCUGCUCUGUCACCUCAUUUUUACAGACAAUGCGUAACAAAUGAUAGUGGCCAUGGGUAGUAAUGAGAAUACAGCUGCAAGAGUUACCUCAUUACUGCGGUAAUAGGAAGCAUACUGCAGGGCUGGUUCUGCUUUGUUUAUGUUGCGUUUUUGUAGACUGUAGUAGCUGCAUGUAUUGCGUUUGGGCUGGGAGGAAGAGGUGUGGUUAGACAGAGCAAAACAAAGGUCACAAUUUAAGGGCAACAACUGUAGUAUUUUCAGAGUAAAAUGCCACCCUUGUGGACUACUACUUUCAGGUACUAGUAAAAUGUAAUAUUCUGCAAGCCCCAGGAGAUACUUGAGAGGUGUUGUAAGAUGCUUCUUUCUAAAUCCACUGUUGUGUUGUUUACAUUGACUUCAGUCAUUUAUCCUACUAAAAUGACUUUCUUAGAGUGGUAUGAACUUCUUUACAUGGUGUCCUCUUAAGACAGAGUCGACUUUUACUCAAAUCAUAACAUGUCUCAUGUCUGCAUUGCAUUCUGGUCUACUGAGGCUAUUGUCGGUGGAGAAAUCUCUGUCUUUACAGUCUUCUUGAUCUUUGAUCCCAGUAUUCUUAAACUUGAUGAAAUGCCCUGUAAAUGCAAGGACAAUGCCAACUGAACAUUGGCAAAGUGUUUUGGGAUAGUUUGUUUAGAGACACUGUGUUUUCUAGAAUAUUUAUGUGAUUAUCUUUUGAAUAGUUCUGACGACGAAAGUUUUUUGUUUGUAGAAAAACAAGCCAAUCCCAGUAUACAGUGUAUGUAUUGUUUACAGCCCAUUUCUCUUAGUCUACAUCCACGCUAAGUCAUUUUCAUUUUAAUGCAAAUAAUUGUUGUUACGUCUACACGUAGCGUCCACACUGUUUUGGUGUUUUGGAACCACUAAAAUGAAGACCUAUGAAAAUGCUGCUGCAGACCCCAUUUAAGUUUAAAAACUCGUAAAACUUGUGAUUUAGUCUUGAAAACAAAGACUUUUGGAAACACAUAGAGACACAUGUUAUUGAUCAAAGCCUGUCAAGUCAAAGUACUAUAGCUAGGUGUACGUACUUUUUAUUUUUAUCCUUCUUGUGUGGGUACUACUACUACUACAACUACUACUACACUUUGACUGCCAUACUCCGCCGUACUACUGUGUUACUGCACUUUAAUUGACUGUCUCACUUUGUCAUCGGUCCAAGCAGAGAAAUCUCUGGUUUUACUUUUCAUGAUCUUCAUAGUAUUUUCUGUAACUAAGCAAUCAAACACAGAGUAGACAAUCUGCUUCCUGUUAACAUGCAUUUUUAAGCAUGUUAGUAUAGGCAGAGAUUAAUUCUAAAACAGUGCAAGAUCGCUUGUGUUUAUGGAGGUCGAUUUCAUUUCAACAUGCCAUAUUAAGAUGAAACGUAUUAGUGUGGAUGUUACAUCGGUUUCCUGGUAUCAGAUCCAUGGUUAUGGUAGGACGUUGCAGUGUACCUUGCUGUCUGUCACAGUGCAUUUCUGGCACCAUCACUGGGGUGCACCAACAUUGGAAAAUUUCUAAAUUCAACACAUACACAGUAGUAUCUUUAACAUAUAUAUUUUCACGUAAGCCACACCAGUAUACUCUGAAAACUGUGCCUACUUUCCCCCCUCCUUUGUGUUACUGUGAUAUUAAUCUUGCAUAGCCAGACUUAUCUCCACACUUUUUUUGCAAAUGGUCCGACUGACCCAAUCAUAAUUGCACAAUGAUGGGCAAAAAGCUCUUAGUUCAUUGUAUUUCUUCAAACCAAUCACAAUCAUCCUGGGUGGCGUUACGCCCAGGAUGCAGCAAUGGUGCCAUGGGUUGCAAAAUAGCGUUGGGAAAUAGCAAAAUGGGAGGAGAAUAACAUCCUAAAUAGGCUGCCAAUGGCACACUUAUACCCACAGUCUACAUUCUGUGAGUCAGACUAUAUAAACUAAAAGAUAUUAAAGUUUAAAAUACACAUCAUUAUAUCUUCUAAGUCUAACGUGCCUUGUUAAGUCUUAAGUUUUUAGGUUUUCGGUUUUGAUCAUUUGUAGUGGGAUUGGGAGGGGGUCUGUGUUUAAUCUGUAGAAUUCCACAUGAUGGAUCCCUUCGUCUGUGUGCGUCCCAUGCUUCAGUCCAGAGUGAGUGGGCCAUCGCGUACAGCCACAAGCAGAUGUCAGUGUGCGGGCCGUAUUGAAGUGGACACAAAUCUCAACUAAGCCUCUCUAGUCCUUAUGUAA